UGUAUUUUGUGUGUUUUAGAGGAUGUGCUGGUUGAGGAAAACCAAAGCAGUUCUGUCUCUCUGCCCAGCCUGAUGACCCCAUCCUCAGCUGCUGGCAUGUCCUUCAGCAUGGAGAUGCCCCGGAAGCGCAAGGGCAGCAUGGACAACCAGGAUACAAAAUCUGUUUCCAUCCCUGAUGCAGAUAUGGAAGACGACCAAAACGGUUCAGAUGGAGAGGACCAACAUGUCAAAAUUAAAUGCAUCAGGGAACCACACAGCCAAAUUGAGAAGAGGAGACGGGACAAAAUGAACAAUCUUAUAGACAAACUGUCAGCCAUGAUCCCGACUUGUAACCCCAUGUCUCGUAAGCUGGACAAACUCACUGUGCUCAGAAUGGCUGUGCAGCACCUCAAAUCUCUCAAAGGUUCAGCAAGCUCCUUUUCAGAAGCUAACUAUAAGCCGUCAUUCCUUCCUAAUGAGGAGCUCAAACACCUUGUCCUCAAGGCUGCAGAUGGGUUCCUGUUUGUAGUGGGCUGUGAUCGUGGGAAAAUAGUUUUUGUCUCAGAGUCCGUCACGAAGAUAUUAAAUUAUAGUCGGGCGGAGCUGAUUGGACAGAGCCUGUUUGAUUACAUACACCCUAAGGAUAUGGGAAAAGUGAAGGAGCAGCUGUCAGCUUCUGAAUUAUACCCUCGUGAACGGCUUAUAGAUGCUAAAACCGGUCUGCAGGUCCAGGCUGACGUCCCAGUCGGUGCAGCACGGCUGUGUUCAGGCGCACGGCGCUCUUUCUUCUGUCGCAUGAAAUACAACAAGAUUUCUGUCAAAGUGGAGGAGAAGGAAUUCCAGGCCAGCACCUCCAAAAAGAAAGAGUCGCAGAAGUACUGCACUGUCCACUGUACAGGCUACAUGCGCAGCUGGCCUACCAGUCAGUUGGGAGCAGAGGGGGAAGGCGAGGCCGACAAGCAGGACAGCUCCCACUUCAGCUGCCUGGUGGCGGUGGGACGCGUCCACUCUCACCUGUCUCCCCAGGUUAAUGGAGAAGUCCGAGUUAAACCCACAGAGUUCAUCACACGCUAUGCCAUGGAUGGCAAAUUCACCUUUGUCGAUCAAAGAGCGACAACCAUUCUUGGUUAUCUUCCCCAAGAAUUGCUUGGGACAUCAUGCUAUGAGUACUUCCAUCAAGACGACUUACCACAUUUAGCUGAUAGACAUCGAAAAGUGCUGCGGAGUAAAGAGAAAAUUGAGACCAACUGCUAUAAAUUCAAAACAAAAUAUGGCUCUUUUGUCACUCUGCAAAGUCAGUGGUUUAGUUUUGUAAAUCCCUGGACCAAAGAAGUAGAAUAUAUAGUGUCAACUAAUACAGUCAUAUCGCAUGAUCACAGUCGAAGCAGUCGGUCGGGAAACAAGUCUGAACAGUCGAGCAAUUCCAAGACUUCUGAAGAAGAUGGCAAGAAGUCCCUUCCAAUUAUACCCGGCAUCUCCACCACACCUGGAACUAUGAUUUAUGCUGGAAGCAUAGGGACGCAGAUUGCCAAUGAGCUGCUGGAUUUCAACAGGAUGAACUCAUCACCUUCCAGUGGUAACGUCAGCCCGUUCAGUUUACCACAGGAUAAGUCUCCACAAACUCACAAUCAAAUCAGCAACAAUGUGCCAAAUGGAGAGGCAACAGACAUGGAGAUGCCAGGAAAGUCCAGCUCAGAGGAUGAGCCCCAGGGAGCUGCAUUCUCAGGAGAAACACUCAUGGGGGAGAAUUCCCAGCUGGAUUUGGACAGUGUGGUUGGACCAGGCCUUAGUAGUCUCAGCAACGAUGAAGCAGCCAUGGCAGUGAUCAUGAGCCUCCUGGAAACGGAUACAAACUUGGGCGAGGCUGUGGACUUUGAAGAGAUGCACUGGUCUUUAUAGAAUCGGCUUUUACAGUGUGACACUGUAGCACACUUAAAAAAAAAA